UAAAGUGGAGAAGAUGUAUACAGAAAGUGUUAAUUUACUUCUUCAUUUGAAGUGAAAACAACAGACGUUUUUAUCGUAUGAUGACACACUAUUGAUUGAUAACGAGGUCUAUGUAUAAAGUUCAUCAAUUGAGCCUUAUUUACGUUUUAUCAUAUUAUGGAUUAUAGCGAACAUUAUGUCUUUAUAUCUGUAUACUUAAACUUUGAUCUUCAGAACAGAAUCGUUUGAAUAUGUAAUGAAAACAAAGCAACCACGUGUUCAGAUAAGUGAAAACAAGAAAAAAAAAUGUUUGAAACUAUCAACAAACAGAUAAACCGGUUGCAGCCCAAAAUACUGCGACCAGAGGAUGAAGCAGAGCUGGCCCCUGGUAGCUAUGUUCCAAUUCUCUCUGAUAUAAUACUUCCGUCCUUUGCAAUGGCGAUUUCUAUGUUUGUACUACGAAAAUUGUUUGAUAGGUUUAUAGUGGUACCGUUUGGAGCUUAUUUUGAUAUUAAAGAAACAGUCGUAAAGCAGAAUUAUACUCGUCAACCAGUGUUAGAAUCAGAAUAUAUUAAAAACAAGUCUCCUAAAGAUGAAGUUAUUUUGAUUUUGUGUAAGAAAACUGGUAUGACGGAGAGACAAGUCCAGCUUUGGUUUAGAAAAAGACGUAAAGAUAGCCAGGCCUCAGAUUUAAAAAGACUAAGUGAUGCUGGGUGGUCAUUUAUUUUUUACUCUUUAUUAUCAUGGUAUGGACUUUAUGUCUUAUGGGACAAACCAUGGUUGACGAAUUCAAUGGAUUGCUGGUUAGGUUGGCCUGCACAGGCAGUAACUAACGAUGUAUAUUGGUAUUACUUGGUAGAGCUUGGAUUUUAUAUGUCGUACCUUUACAUGAUAUUUACUGACCACAAAAGAAAGGAUUUUAUGGAAUUUUUAGUUCAUCACAGCGUAACAGUAGCAUUAAUGAUAUUAUCAUGGUCUAUAAAUUGUGUACGCCUCGGAUCAUUAGUAUUAGUAAUUCACGACCAAGUGGAUUAUUUUUUAGCUUUGGCAAAAAUAGCUGUUUAUAUUAAAAUGCAAAAAAUGGCAGACAUCGUUUUUGCAUUAUUUCUUCCUAUGUGGAUAAUAACAAGACUUAUCGUUUAUCCAUAUGUAGUAUUAUAUUCUGUAUAUAUAGACCUUCCGGCUUAUGCUAAUGAAAGUCGGCCAUAUAUACAAAUGUAUGACAGAAGUACCAUUAGCCAAGUUUUAAAAUCUUUAUUGGUAGUUUUACAAAUACUCCAUGUCAUGUGGACGAUAAUUAUUUUGAAGUCUGCAGCAACAAAAUUCACAAAAGGAAAGCUUCAGGACACGCGUAGUGAUACGGAAGAGGAGGGUGGAAUCGAUGCUAACACAGAAACAAUAGACAAUAAAAGUAAUUAUAAAAUAUCAAACGGCAAUUCUGUUAUUGGUAAAGAUGGCAACGUCAUGGAACCAAAUGGAAAUAGCUAUAGCAAUGGGAGGACUUAAAAUUAACUAUAAUUCUUCAAUGCAGAAUAAUCUGACAUUGCAGUUCAUUAUUUAUACAAUUAACUGUAAUAUUGUGCCAUGCAAUUUUAAUAUGAUGCCAAUGUGAUAUAUAAACUACACAAAAUACUUGAACUGUCUUUAUCAUGUUUAUUAUAGAAAUAUUAUUUUUUAGACUAAAUGUAAAUUUUUACUAUUAUUUUUUUUAUUAUUAUUUUAUGGUUAAAUCACACACAUGCUUUUAUUAUUCCCAUCAAUAGCUAAUUGUUUAGUAUUCUAAUAU